AUGUGGCAGAGCCUCAUAUCCAACGGCCACCAGGCCACGAGAUCAAUUCACCGCCUCCGCCCUGAUACGAUCUUCCUUCAAACAACAAAGGUGCGGCCCUUCGGUAUCGCAUCUAUUCUUUGUAAAGACCCCGCGCAUACCAAUGGACCGAAUCGCGAGGCAUUGGAUCCAGAAAGAUCGGAGGUUACCAAGUCCGGGACAGACAGUGAGAUUGCCCAGCAUGACUCGGCAUGGGACCCGAAAAAUACGGCGCCGGAGAGAGAGCUUGAAGCAACAGAAUUGGAACAUAGUGUUCACGGGAAAAAGGGAUCACUGAACAUGAGUCCUGCUAACCAGGACAUAAACGCAUGGAAAGGACCGAAGGAGGAAGGUCCCGUUCGAAAUGCGGAUAAAGAAUCCCACAGUUCAAGGGGAACACCGCAAAAGAAUCGGAAAAUCUAUGUUAAGGAGGAUGGGACUCAUGUUUCGUACCGAUGA